AUAUUAUUUGCAAACAAAACAAAAACAGCUGUGUACUGUAAUCCAUCGCGCAUUUUAGUUCAGUAGUUUAUCUACUUUUUACACUUAAUCUACUUAAUAUACAUUAUUUAACUGUGCAAAAUUUUGUGCAAAGUUUUUUUCAAGGAUCAUGUCCCGACUUUUGUUCGACAUUGACGAUAUCGUUGGAGAUCUGCAAUCGUUGCAGAUUUCCGCACUGACCAAUGCGGCCCGGAUUUCCCCGUUCGUCUACGGACGGACAAUUGGUCCUAAAUCCAACGAUGAGUCAAAUGACGAUGUGAUCGCUCUUAAACGAAGCGAUUCGAAAAGUGAAAAUGAUAAGAACUCGAACAAUAUUAGCGACCGAAGUUUGGAAGCCGAAAAAGAAGAUUUAAAAUCCGUUCCCGAUCUGAGGGUUACGUUUAGCAACCGGCGGGAUGUGGCAGGAAGCUCGCCAAACUCCCGGAAGGUAGACAUCAGCGAUUGUAAGGCGGUUUCCUUCAAGUUGUAUCAGCAGGAGUUAGAGCGCCAGCGAAUGAAAAACGUUCGAAAGGAACUGGAAGAACGACAGGCACGAGUAAGGGAAGCAGAUCGUUUGAGAGAUUCUGAUCUCAGAGAACGCCUCAAAAAAGUUGAAUCUAAAACGGCUAAAAAAAUCCAGGAAGAUGAGCAAAAGCUUAUCGAAGCUAUUCGAAAACAGGAACUGGAAGCUAAACAGUCCGAACAGCGGAAAUUAGUAGAAAUAAAUGAAACGAAUCGACGAUUGGCUGAGAUCAGCUCACGUCUGAAAAAGAAUGAAGAGGAAAUCAAACGGAAGAAUGCGAUGUUUGAUGAGAUUCAAGGCCAUCAUGCAAACUUCCGACAGUUAACUGAGGCAUUCACCAAAUCCCUAAUGAACAUCGACCGAGAAUAUUCUUCUCAUUUUAGUAACCAGAAGAAAAGCGUCCAAUCAUUGGUUAAAUCCUUCGAACAAUUGCUUCAAACGAUCAACGCCCACCAGGAAGUAACCCAAACCGAUAUCGACAAGGGCGCUGAACUGUGUAAAAGUAUGGAAAGCACAAACGGCGAAGUAGUUGAAACAAUUAAUCAGAUUCAAAAGGAAAUAGCCGAGAAAAUUAAAAACCAACAAGAACAAAGGAAAGCCGAAAGCCAACAGAAAGUCGAGGUUCAACAGCAACCUCCAAAAGCUCAGGACACAACCGACACCAAGCCGAAACCGGCCGCAUCGACCUCUCAAACGCCACACCCGUUGGCCUCGAUCGUUUCCCGGGAAGCGCUCGCUUUCUACACCGAAAUCAAAACGUUCUACGAACAGCACCAGGCGGCCGUUAAGGUGCUGCUCGAUGACGCCUCGAUGAAAUCGUACCGCUUCAACUGCCAGAAGGUCAUAAACACCCCGAUCAAUGCCAUCUCCUCGGUCAGCCGGGAGCAUCUGCUGGACAAGUACCAGUCGUUGGAUGCAUUGUUGGCGGGACAACCGGUGCGUACCGGAGAGCAGACCGUUUCCAUCCAAGGGCAUCCGCUGGGGAAGACCUACUGUACCAUGCUGAUGGCCAAGAAGUUUGUGAGUCAAGCGGAUAUCAUGAUCUCCAGCAACGCGCCCGCAGCCUUUCCAAUAGCGGCCAUCAUCGUGGCUCUUUGGCAAAAGUAUCCCGCCUUCGGUAAAUUCUUCCUGGCGUAUCUCCACAAGGAGUGUCCCUAUCUGGUUCCGUACUUCCUUCCCCAGCUGGAGGGUCAGUCCCAGGAGGACUACCUCAAAUCCAUCGGCUAUCGGUUUUCCAGUGACGGGGUGCUGGAAAAGCAGGACCAGUACCUGAAGCGGAUGACCGGAAUGGCUCGACUGUACGCCGCUGUUGUGGUAGCAAACACGAGACAAGGCGAAAGUGCUGCCCAUCCUCACAGCGUAGAUUGCGGUUACCGGUGGCUGUGCAACAUUCUCAAUUUGGCUCCGCUGCCGGACAUCUGUGCUACGCUGCUGACGGAAUUCCUGACUACUGCUGGACCAUCCUUGUGGGCUGCCUACGGCAAACAGUUCGUGAAGGUACUGCAGGUUAUCCAGCAAGCGUAUUUGCCAGCGUUGAACAAGGUCGACGAAGGUGGUCCGAAAACUCGUCUCGAAGUACUGAUGGCCAAAAUCAACACCGAAGGACGAAUCGAACGGCCCGAAGGCAUGCUUGGACCGGACUUUUGGUAGGAUCUUCGGAUCAUUAACGCUUUGAAUUUGUUUGUUCAAUAAAUGUGUAUAAUGACUGAUAUUCUAAACAUGUUC